AUGCAAACAUCACAAGAAAUACCCAAUCUCGUUCAAAUCCUUUCGGAAUGUAACGACAUAAAGGAACGCGGAAAUGCUUUUUUCAAGUCUCGGAAUUUGGAGUCUGCUGAAAAAGAAUAUCAACAAGCAUUAAAUCAUUUAAUUGUUUUUAUACGAGAAUGUUACUCGAAAGCUGUCGACAGUAAAGCCAUUGAUGAAUCAAAACACAAGCAAGAAAAUAAUGUUGUUGAUAAAUCAUCGACCGAGGAGCAAUCAUUGAACACUACGGAACAACCAGAAGUGCUCCAAAAUGAACGCAACAGCGUUCCCAAAGAAGAUGAUGUGUUGCUCACGGAAAAAGAGAGUAUUGAAUUGCUCGCAAAAAAUUUGAACGUAUUUGAGGAUGUAAAUAGCAAGAGAAAUGAUGUAAAAUCACUACUUAUUGUACUGUAUUCAAAUUUGGCCUUGACCUAUUAUCAAUUAAGUCUGUAUUCUCGAAGUUUGGAAUAUUGUUCAAUAAUUUUAGAUUACCUUGAUCAAAAUCAUUACAAAUCACUCUAUAAGCGAUCACAAUGUUUCGAACAGCUCAAUAAUUUUCAAUCAAGUUAUCAAGAUAUGAAAAAGCUUAAUGAAAUGGUCAUUGCACAGCGAGAAAACAAAUCUGUAUCUUCUGAAAAUUCAAUUCCUGAUGCAAUGGCCAAGAAAAUUCUCGAAGACUCGGAGAGAUUACAAAAAAAAGCAGAGGAAGAGCAGAAAAAACAACUCGAUGACAUGUUAGGCCAAUUGAAAGAUGUUGGCAAUCAAUUACUUGGAGCAUUUGGACUCAGUUUGGACAAUUUUUCACUCAACAAGGAUCCCAACUCGGGUGGAUAUUCCAUUUCAAUGAAAAAAUAA